AUGACCGCCGCCACCGCGCCAGGGAAGCGGGUUCCCGUUCACCAGCCCUCGCCGCCGCCGCCCACCCAGCCCAGAUGGACUGGCCAGUCAGAGGCUCCAGACAGACUUGCCUUUCAGAAUGCGUUGACCUACAAUGAUGUACAUGUGAACUUUACUCGAGAAGAGUGGGAGUUGCUGGAUUCUUCCCAGAAGAACCUUUACAAAGAUGUGAUGCUGGAGAUUUACAGGAACCUCACUGCUAUAGGCUACAGUUGGGAAGAUCAUAAUACUGAACAGCAUUGUCAAAGUUCUAAAAAUCAUGGAAGACAUAAAAGAACACAUGAUGGAGAAAAACCUUAUGAAUGUAACCAAUGU